UUCCUCAUUGAUCAAGGGAAUCCCAUCUCCUGUCCUACUAGAUGGUGGUGAGGUACAAGGAGGUCAUACAUACAGGGUGCUCUGCAACCUCUGAUUGAUUUUUAUACCUGUGAAUUACUGUCAGAUGUAAUGGGAGUGUUUUGAUCAAGCCCUACUCUAUCUCCUCUCUUUCCAGAAGAGGAAAGUGGGGCUCAGAGAGAUCUGAAAACUGAAUUGUGGACAGGCUGUCUCCCCCACCAGAUGGGGAAAUGGAGCAGCAUGGCUGCCACCAGCACGGCCAGGCCAGCAUGGUUGACCACUUGCUUCCAGUGGACGAGAACUUCUCGUCACCAAAGUGCCCCAUUGGUUUUCUGGGUGACAGGCUGGUCGGCCGGCAGAUAUACCACAUGCUGCCAUCACCACUCUCUGAGGACGACAGCGACGCCUCCAGCCCCUGCUCCUGUGCCAGCUCUGACUCUCAAGCCCUCUGCUCCUGCUAUAGUGGAGGCCCAGGCACCAAGGGCCAGGAUAGCAUCUUGGAUUUCCUGCUGUCCCAUGCCACACUGGGUGGUGGUGGCAGUGGGGGCAUUGGGGACAACAGUGGUCCCAUGACCUGGGGGGCCUGGCGGAGAGCCCCAGUGCCUAUAAAGGGGGAGCAUUGCUGCUUCCCUGAAAUUCCUUUGGGUGACACUGAUGAUGUCCCCAGGCCCUUCCAGCCUACCCUGGAGGAAAUUGAAGAGUUCCUGGAGGAGAAUAUGGAACCAGAAGUCAAGGAGACACCAGAGAGCAACAGUAAGGACCUAGAGGGCUGUGGCCAGCUCUCCUCUGCACCACACCGGAACUACCUCCAUCCUGGUUUUGGAGGGAGAGAAUGCUGUACCCCACCACCAGGUGGCACCAGUGUGGGUGGCACCCAGGGCCCAGGAGAGGGCCCUGUACCAGAAGGCCCCAUUCCGGUGCUGCUGCAGAUCCAGCCUGUACCUGUGAAGCAGGAAUCAGGCACAGGGCCCGCCUCUCCUGUGCAGGCCCAGGAGAACGUCAAGGUUGCCCAGCUCCUGGUCAAUAUCCAGGGGCAGACCUUUGCACUCGUGCCCCAGGUGGUGCCCUCCUCCAACAUGAACCUACCCUCAAAGUUCGUGCGCAUUGCCCCUGUGCCCAUCGCUGCCAAGCCCAUUGGGUCAGGACCCCUGGGGUCUGGCCCCGGUGGCCUCCUUGUGGGCCAGAAGUUCCCCAAGAACCCAGCAGCAGAACUCAUCAAAAUGCACAAAUGUACUUUUCCUGGCUGCAGCAAGAUGUACACCAAAAGCAGCCACCUCAAGGCUCACUUGCGCCGGCACACGGGUGAGAAGCCCUUCGCCUGCACUUGGCCAGGCUGUGGCUGGAGGUUUUCUCGGUCCGAUGAGCUGUCGAGGCACCGGCGCUCGCACUCCGGCGUGAAGCCAUACCAGUGUCCCGUGUGCGAGAAGAAGUUCGCACGGAGUGACCAUCUCUCCAAGCACAUCAAGGUGCACCGCUUCCCACGGAGCAGCCGGUCUGUGCGCGCGAUGAACUAAGCGCACCCACCAGUCCCAACCCUGCCUCCCAGCCCCCAGACCCAUUUUUUUUAAAACAAUAAUUUAUUUGCCUCCUUCAGAGGGAUGUGACAGUGUUACCAGCCCACCUUCUGAAACCUAAGAGGUGAGAUCCCAGAGCCAUCACCCACUGCCUUUCCUGGGAGGAAUUAGAGCCGUGCACCUGCGUCCCUGGGGCUGGGUCACCAGCGCCUAGGGCUGGAGGCAGGCUUUGGUGCCUUUGUGCUUUCGUGCCUUCCAGCAGUAGCCCAGCCUGUGCCACAGCCAUCAGCUGGAAGCAGGGUUUUGGGGCCCUGGCCCUUCUCCCACUGGGCUCCUUGCCUGGGCCAAAGCCAACACUUUAUGUCUGGGGAAGAAGAAAUGUGCAGUUUUGAAAUUUCAGUUUCCAGAGGGAGCCAUGCUGGGAAGAAGGAAGUAGGCCAAAAGUCCAGGACUGCACUGUGGUGUGAGGGUAGCUGCUUUCUAAGAUGCACCUCUCAGCAGGAUGAAUAGAGGGUAUGGCAGGGCUCUUAUGGCCCCUGGUCCCUGGGGCCUAUGUGGUGAGAGGCAAAAAGUGCCCCCCUGCCUCCUGGGGGUGACAGUGUAUGUGCUUGUGUUAAAUGUGAAAGACGAACAGAACUAUAAGCAUCUGUCCCCAGCGUGGCUCAUUCCCGUCUCCUGUUUUCCAGACAAAUGCUGACACCAGCCUCUAGGUUCACCUUCCAGAGGAGAGGGGAGCAGACUGCUCUGGGUGUGAGAGAACUAGGUAGAGCCUCCCAGCCCUGAUUUAGAAAUGCAUUCCUUAUUUUGUCUAGAAAUUAAUAUCAAACAAACUAGCUUGUUUUGACAGGUUUAUUUCACAUCCUAUGAAUGUAUGUAAAUAAACUGUACAUAGGUACA